AUGGUGAUAAAUCUACAACGCGAUUUUCACAUGGCUGAAGGGGAAGGAGAACAUAGCUACGCAAAGAAUUCGAGGAUUCAGGAGAAGCUUAUGGUACGAACUCUGCCCAUCAUUGAGAAUGCUAUAAAGGAAGCAUGUACUGCUCUUGCCCCCAAAACCAUGAUCAUUGCUGACCUAGGAUGCUCUUCGGGACCAAACACAUUGCGCUUCAUCUCCAGUGUGUUAGACAUCUUAUCUGGCCAAUGCAACAAAUCUACUGAUGGAUGUGAUCCUAUGGAACUUCAAAUCUUCCUUAAUGACCUACCUGGUAAUGACUUCAACCAGCUCUUCAGUUCACUUGAAAACUUGAAGCAUGGUACAAUAAUGGAACAAAUGGGGUACACACCACCUUUGUACUACAUUUCUGGGUUGCCAAAAUCGUACUACAGCAGGCUGUUUCCUCGUCAAAGUGUCCAUCUCUUUCACUCCGCUUGUUGCCUUCAUUGGCGCUCUCAGGUACCCGAGGAACUUUAUGCAAGGAAUAAAACCCUGUUAAACAAAGAUAAUAUUUACAUCGCAAAGUCCACGCCGUCAUUUGUGGUGAAGUUCUUCCAAGAGCAGUUCCAUAAGGACUUCUCACUCUUCCUCAAGCUACGUCAUGAAGAACUUGUAUAUGGAGGAAAAAUGAUUUUAACAUUUGUUGGGAGGAAGGAUGAUGAUGUAUACAGUGGAGAUAGCGUCCAACUUUAUGGAUUACUUGCAAGAUCACUGCAAUCUCUUGUUGCAAAGGGCCUUGUGGAGAAAGAAAGGCUAGAAGCUUUCAAUCUACCGUUGUAUGGGCCAUCAAUUGCUGAAGUGAAGGAAAUAGUCAUGGAGAGCCACAUGUUCAAAUUGGAUCACAUCAAAUUACUUGAGCUAAACUGGGAUCCUUAUGAUGAUACAGAAGGCGAUGAUGUCCAUAACAGUGUCCGUAGUGGCAUGAAUGUUUCUAAGCUUGUUAGAGCAUUGAUGGAGCCUUUGAUUGCAAGUCAUUUUGGAGAAAACAUACUUGACUUAUUGUUUGCAGAUUAUUCAUAUCUCUUAGCCAAGCACCUUGAGCAAGAGAAGACAAAAACCGCCUUUAUCAUCAUGUCCUUGAAGAAACUGUAGUAGAUGCUAUACGUGAGUGCCAUGAACAAAUUUCUGAUGUAAUAAGAUACCUAAUGCUAUACGUCAUACU